UCCGUGUGAGUGGGCUGCGGGAGGAAGCAGCUCCGUCAUCGUGCGCGCUGCGGAGAGAUGCGGCGGCGCACGGUGAAGCCUCAGCGGCGGAGGAGCUGAUGCGCAGUGACCGAGACACGGAGCAAACAUCCAGGGCUGAGCUGGGCCUCUGAAUCCGGGCGAUGGGACGGAGCUGAACGGCGUCGGACGGGUCGGUUGUGCAGCAGCAGCAGCGGUGUUGGAGGAGGAGGAGGAGGAGGUGCUGGAGGAGGUGGUGGUGGUGGUGCAGGCCGAGUGGACGGAUGAUGCUGAGCCCAGAGAAGGAUGCUCCAUCUCCAGUGAGGGUUGAACAGGCUCCUGUAAACAAUGAGGAGGCAGAGAGGAGGACUCUUCAUCCUCACAGCCUGAGGAGACACUGAGGUUGUUGUGUGACAGCUGAGUCAGUCCACAGUGACGAGAGGCCCGCGGACGGGGACGGCAGCGAGGAUCUGAAGACGCCGUCACAGAGCAUCAGUCUGGGGGGGAAACUUCUCCUCAUCCUCUCCAUCAUCAGCGCUGACAGCUCCACGUCUGACCUGAGCAUCUCUUCUCUUCGUCAGAGGAUCAGGAGCAGCUCCAGCUCCCUUUCCUCAAAACAACUGACUCUGAUUUACUUCUUUUGCUUCUUGUCCAAAACCUCCGUUGAGGAUUGACUGUUAAGAUACAAUCUCAUGCAACUAAGAGUUGUGUCGUGAGAGGAUUUCAGCUGUUUCAUGAUGCCCUUUGUGUUCUUUCUAUAUCUUUUUACCGAUGCGUGGUCACGCUCUGAAUCAAGAAUAGAUUCCUGAUAGUGGCAGCGUUUCCUCUCACCGAUGAGAGUUCAACUCGACCUGACAGGCUGCAUUUUAAUAAAGGAUAAGUAAGGACAAGCUGAUAAAACAUAGAUGAGGCCAACAACGAGCACCAUGCUCCAGCAGAAUAACAACAACAACUACCCCUGUCUGAAUGUGUCGGGCUCCACCCGGGAGAUGCUCCAGAAGUGCUCCAGAGCCUCCCUGCCCUUCCCCAGCCGCCUGGAGCUGGGCCUGGGAGACCUGCCGCUGAUCCGGGGCCUCCGAGCUUGGGCCCUGUGCUCCAAGAACCGCUGCAAGGCUGGAGGUCUUCUGGGAGGAGGUCAGGCCCCCGUAGCUCCGCCCGCAGGCCACAAGGGCUCAACUGCCGGCCCCCGGCCUGCGGAUGUGCACCUGAGUGGUGAGUGGGGUCGGAUGGGGUAUGGGCUUCCCUUGGGGGUGGACGCCAGACAGGCUGGGAUUGGAGCUUUGGUAACGGUCGCCACUCUGAAGACCUCGGAGGGCAGCGGGAAGACGCAGACUCAGUGCCUCUUCCUGCGGACUGAGAAAGGGAGCUGUUUGUACUCGACCGCUAAACCUGGUCCUGGGAGGACAAGCGUCGCAGCCUCCAGCGGGGUCGGAGGAUGGCUGAGAGGGAAGACAGGGGUCGGAGGCAGAGACGCUCCAGCCGGGAGGAGGGACAAUGGGUCAAAUCUGCCGGCACAGGCCGGAGCAAACCGGGUUCGAGUGCGAUCAGGCCGGAGAUGGAGGAAGUCCGGUAACGCAGCCGGACGUGAGAAAACAGGCGUAAGCAAAGAGAGGCAGCAGAGGAGCAGGGAGGGAGCUGCAGGAGAAAGACAGGAAGAGCGAGACAAAGGAGGCCUGCACAGUGAACAAUCUCCCAGCAUGCAGCAGGAUGGCCGGAGAGCCAGGCAGGAGAAAGAGAAAGAGGGAGUUUGCAGAAGUCCCAGAUGCUGCCACAAUGUUUCUGCUAAAAGUUGUUCUCAGUGUGGAAGGAGAGAGCAGAGAAGGGAGAGCCAGGAUGAAGGCGAGGGAGGUGAGGGUCCGAGGACAGAAGAUGUGAGAGGAACGAGGAAGGAGAAGCAAGAGGAGUUACAGUCCUCUAAUUCUGUUUUGGCUUCUGCAAACCCUGACCUAGAAUCUAACUGCCCUCACCCACAAUCCCUCAGUGGCUGUGAUGGUGGAGAGAUUAGAGAGGCCGACAGCAGCGAGGAGCCGAAGACGCAAACCGCUCCCAGGAUGCACGACUGUUCAGAGGAGGAGCAGGAUUCAAACUUGGAGAAUCUGAAAACACGUAACGGAAACAAUUACAUCAUUCACGUCCAGUCUGGACACUUGACCGACGACUUUAAAUCGAGACACAGCGGAGGUUUUAACGACAGAGAAGCAACUGAAAAUCCAUGUGAAGACAAAGUGGCUAAUGUAAAUGGAUUUCCUGAUUGUGCAGACGCAGAGAGGGAGAGAGCUGAAAGUGAAGAGGAGCAAACGACCGUCUGUCUGACUCCUGCUGAAUUCUCCGUUGCCUCCGACUGCUGCGAGGACGUCUCUGUCUCCACCCGUCCUGUCUCCAUCAGCGCUGCAGUCUCCCCUGAGUCCUCUACGCCUGCAGAGGGCAGCGUCUGCUCUGCUGACCACCAGGCUUGUUGGGUUGAGAGAGAACAAGAGAAGAGCCGAGCGGAGCUCCCAGAGAGGCAUCAUGAAGGGGACCCAGGCAUUGUGGGUAAUGAAGAGCUGGAUGUUGAGUCUGAUGAGAAAACCAUGAAACCUCAGCUCUUCUGCAAACAUGAGGGGGAGGGGGAGGAGAGAGAAGCUUCAUCUUCACUUCUCCGUCUCAAAGAUCCUUCCAUCCUCGAGAGCGAAGCAGAAAACAGAUGCAACAGUAGGAGCAGAGAGUCUGAGCAGAGAGAUGAGCUGGAGUCAGAGGAGAAAAGACAGGAGGUCAGGGAGAGGGAGCUGGACGGCGUCAGCAAUGAGGGUGAUGACGGACACACAAGGGAAGAGACAAACAUUAGCGACGCACUGAAGGACAGUUCUAAAGAAGUGGAGAAGAACUGUGCAGCAGAAGAUGAGCGGAGGCGACAGGACUCUGCAGACGGAUCCAGGGGACGGAGGAAAAGCGACGGAGACACCUGCAGCGUCAGGCGUCCUGAGGAGAACAGAGGGAGCAGCACUGACCUCCCUAAUGUCGCCUGCUCUGAUCCCUCCACCUCUCCUCCACCCUCCCCGGCUAAUCCUGACCCCUCUCUGCCCCCCCUGGGAUCCAUGGCAACCAGCCUGCCCUGUAUGGAGGAGGAGGAGGAGGUGCUCAGAGUGCCAGCCGGAGACGGAGGUCAGGAAGGGAAGAGGAGGUGUGGGAGAGAGCAGGAGGAGGAGAGGGGUUCCACCGUGGCCGCUGCAGACAGGAGGAAGGAGGAGGAGGAAGAUGAGUUUGGAGUGUUCAUGCAGGCGGACGGAGAGCCGGCCUGCGGCGAGGGGGUCACCAUGUCUGCCUCAGUGCCUUGUGGGAGCAGAGCGAGUGUCGGUGUGUGUCGGGAAGCAGCCGGGGAGUCGACCCAGUGGACGCAGGGCUGGACGGACAGCUCCUUCCACCAAUCAGACGACGCCUGGACGGCCUUUCCCUCGUCAGAUGAAGGUCGAGACGUCGCGGGACAGUGGUGGCCGACCGGCGCUGUGGAGGCGAGGAGAGACAGGCUGUCGGCCAAUCAGAACCUGGCGUCUGUCUUCGCUGAGGCCUUCCCCUCGCCGCCUGGCUCCUCGCCGGGCGACCUCCACGCUGUUCCCACCCUGGCGCAGCUCCUCCGGGGCGGAGCCAGCCAGGACCAGGGGCUGUUGGACGGUUUCCAUGACUUGAACAAAAUGAUCGGUCAGAGAUACAAGAGAGCCAAUGGCGUGUCUCGUGACCUGCUGCUGACGACCCUCCACCUGGAGCCGCCUCCCACCGACAGCCGACCUGCUCCCCGGACAACCAACCGGCGUCUCUCCCCCGGCCUCCCCUCGGCCAAUCAGCACGCCCAGAACGCUGCCGCCAAGCGACGGCUGUCGUACGACUACAACAGAAACGUCACGGAGUAACUCUGAGAUACACUUGAAGAACCGCGGCUUUUAAACCGAGUCGGACAGAUCGACCACAGGUUCAUCAUCGAACUGUUCAAACUCUGACGAUUUGACGAACCUGAGAGAAGACUGAACACGUGCAGGUGGAGCGACGUCGUCUCCUGUUGAACUGGUGGAGGAACCUUUCAUCGCCCAUGUUCCAUCAUGUUCACCACCAACCUCCCAGUUUGAUUUUCCUUUAUCAACAUGUUCGAGAGCCGAGGGUCCAAGGUCCUCACUCACCACCGUGUUGGGGGAAGUCCACCCUCGUAUUAUCCCUCCUGUUAUAUUAUUGUCUGAAAAGGUUUUUAAGUCUAAAGUAAUUCAUUCAAAAGUUAGAACUCCCCAUUUCUCCAGUUUUUAAUUAAAAUUUAAAACAACACGUCCAGUGAUUGAAGAGAAAUUAAAGUGAUCUAAAGGCCCCAUGAAAUGAAAAAUACAUUCGACCAGUUUGAAUCCUGUGUUAAUUCUUCAUUUCUCACUUUUCCAUCGUAGAAAAAGUGUCCGGCUGCAGGAUGAGUCAAACAUUCAGAUGAAAUUCAGUUCAACGUAGAAGAUGCUGUAACUUCAGAAACACUGAGACGUUGAAUUAAGGACAUUGGACAAAAUGGAGGUGAUCUAAAACCUCCUGUGAGUCGUGUUUGUCUCGGAGGCAGAUCUGCUUGUUCGGCAGAAACCGUCUCGGUGGUUGAAUUGAACCUUAAUGAGCUGAUGCAUGAUUCACCACCAUGGAAUUCAGGAGUUUGAACGGUUGAUCUGCUGCUAACUGGCUUAUCUGUGUCAACUGAGGCAGUUCUGAGCAGUUUAAACUUGCAAAGUCAGUUAUGAUCCUGUUCGCGUUCUCCCUCUCAUAUCUGCUGCUUUAUGCAAAAGAGGAUGAACCCGUUGUUUAAAUCAACCAAUGAGAUGGAGAGAGGAGACAGUUUUUACAGUCUGGGCAUAAAAAAAGAAGCAGUUUACAGUAUAAUUACCACACAAGUAUUGAAGUAGUCAUCGUGUGGGAGGUAUUUGUAUCUGUAGUAUUCAGAAUGACAACAGGGGAAGUGAUGUGAACACAUGAAGCUCCAGUCGACCUCUCAGACCCGAUGUUUGGUUUCAUUAGAGGACGAGAGGCAGUGACGUGAAGUGACUCGGUCGCUGCUGGUUAUCUCAGUCGAAUGUCCUCCUUCGGUUUCCCUCUCUGCAGAGUCCGACCCCGCGUCGCCUCUCACAUUCACGACUCAGUGUCACAUACUCACACAUGUUAAAGCUCAUUUUCAUCCCUUUGUUUAGUAAUAACUAGAACUAUCGUAUGUGUCGUCACCGUGUCAGGGUCGAGUUAUUUUUCCACACGUGACAGAUAGAAUUGUCUGGAAAAUUGCGUUCUGCCUCUUUCGAGAGUUUGAAGAUUGAGUUUGAAGCAGGAAAUUGUUUGGGUCGUUCACAACAAUGAAUACAUGUCAGGAACAAGGAAGUAAUUAAAGCCAAAAGCUCUCGAAUGUCGUAUUUCUAUGUUGAUAUCUUUGAUUGUGGAUCCUCUUCAUCAUCCUGAGAUAUUUGUGGUUUGGGAGGCACAGUGGUGCAGUGGUUAGCACCUUGCAGCAGAAGGUUACUGGUUUGAAACCCCAGUUUGUUCAGUGUCUUUCUACGUGGACUUUGCUUGUGUUAUUUUUGUCUGCGUGGUCUCCUGCAGUGCACAGACCUUCACACCGGGGUCAGGUUAAAUGGAGACUCUAAAUUGACCCCACCUCUCGCACAGCUUGGAUUGGGUCUCGCUCCCCUGUGCUCCUCGAAGGAAAAGCGUUUUAGAAAAUGAAUAGAUGGAUAUUUGUAUUCCACCAGUUUUGUGUCCGUCAUGUGUUAGAAACGUCCACAACUCACUCACUGUGAAUUUUCAGGACGUUUUCCUGUUGUAUUCUCACACGAGCUCACUCGGACGUCCGCCUCCUCGCGUACAGAGCCUCUGGAGAACGUCAGAACGACGUCAGGACCUCGAUGUGCGUCUGAAAGCAGCUGUGACGCGAUGAAGAUCCUGUUUCAGGCUGUGAUGACUUUUACAUUUUACAGUUUGCAGAGUGAUGCAUGUGCUUUCAUUGUGUAACAGAAAGACGAAAAAAAAAAAAAACAAUGAUGGGAACGAACCUUACACAUAGUUUUGGUUCCAACAAGCUUGUCUUCCAGUUGGUGCCGACAGGAACCAGAGAAAGUGCUAAUGUUUACACAGAAUCACAGAAUCAUCACCGACACGUUCAGGGGAAACGCGUCAGAUGCAGCGAAACUCAAACUAACAGAAACUCUGGCAUGUGAUGUUUUCUUCUGUUGUUCUGUCUGGUUUUUCUCCGACAGGCUGUCCUGUCACGUGAAUGCAUCGUUGUUUCUGCAGUCGAGUUCACAUCUUGGGCCAAACUUGAAUCGAGCUGCCAAUCAAAAGUGAUAUAUUUUGAGAAUAAUGUCGACAUGUCAGUGGUUCACUGCCCAGUUUUAGUUCAGACUCGCACAUCGAAUCAUUAUCUCACGUCAGAAAGUUGAUUUCUCCUUUCGUUGUAUAUUUCACUCGUCAAAUUAUUUGUGAUGAAAUUCAGAAACAAAACGUUUGUGUGUGUGUGUGUGUGUGUGUGUGUCUCGGUCAUUUGUAGAAAAUAGAAAUUUCUGAAAAAGAAAAAGAUGAAUAUUUUCUGAUCUGUUCAAAUGAGGAAGAGAGUGAUGUUGCCUUGGUAACUGAUGUAAUAAAAUGAUACUGCGUGA